UUUUCCUUUAAGAUCUUAAAAAGAUCCCAAGAAAAAAAUUCCCUCCUAAAAAACAUCAAGAGAAACAGCGAACAAUUAAGUGCAUCGCUCACUGUAAGCGAUAUUGGAAAAUAACAGACCAAGGAAACAGCUUCAACAGUUCAUUCUUUAUAAAGCACAUGCUUGUGUUUAAAAAUUCCCAGCAUUGCAUGUUCUAUAAUCAUUAUAUUACAGCACAGUGACAAGAAAAACAGUGCCAAAUGAUGACAGAUGAUGAACCUAUGUGAGGCGGAAAUUAAUUUUUGGCAAAGAAAAAUCUAUUGUGUAUGAAUUUGAUUGAAACAGGUGGCCGAUAAUUCUGAUUGAAGUACGACCAUUUCAAGAGAAAAAUUAAAACGUAAAAACGAAAAUAUCKYACAAAUGUUAUUUGGAAAGGAGGGAAAAUGAUCAACACAACAGCUGCAACCAAUCAGUCCAUCGACGAUGAAUGYACUUGGCAGCCAUCAUCUCAAGAGCUGCAUUUCUACGUGUUCUUCAACAUAACAUUCUCUUGCUUUACGAUUUUCAGCAAUUUGAUUUUUCUGUUAGUCAUAGCCAAGUCUCGAAAUUUACAAACUSUGUCCAAUUUCUUUCUUUGCUCGCUUUCAGUUGCCGACUUGUCAGCUGGACUGUUUGUCUUCCCACUCUACACAGCAAUCGUGAUCCUUGGAGUAUCACCAAGUGGCGUUUGGUUGUCAAUACUGGAGAAGUUCKUUUGGAUUCAGACUUUGGUWUCRACCACUUUUAGCUUGGCUCUAGUAAGCAUUGACCGAUACACAGCRGUKGUACAYCCACUGAAGUACUAUACAUUGGUGACAGAAAAACGUUGUCGAAGAAGCAUAGUUUUUGUUUGGAUUCUUUCMGUARUUCUAGCACUUCCUGCKCCWUUUCUGGAUGAAACCGGAGUAGCUAUAACGUGGGCUGUUGGUGGGAUCGUUGCAGUGAUCUUUCCCUUUGGAAUCAUCAGUUUUUGCUACUUUUAUAUCUUCAAAGCCGUCCGACGCCAGUCGAAGAACGUCCACCACCAUGAGGCUAGUAUACCACAACAGUCUGUCACCUCAACUGAACAAUGUAAUGCGGUUUUUCAACCAAACUGCAUCAUUCGAARAAGACAUCAGAAAGCCGCCAUUACUACAGCUAUUAUUGUGGGGCUUUUUGCUCUUCUCUUCACUCCRAAUWUAAUCUUUGCAUUUAUGUAUGCCAUGCAGAAGGAAGGAUCUUGYGAACAAAUGGAAAUACUUCAUCCAUGGCUGUGGGGCGUACUUGUGGCCUACAGUGGAUCAUUUAUCAACCCAUGGAUCUAUGGACUGCGGACGAAGGAGUUUAAGAUCGUCUUGAAACAGAUGUUCACAUGCAUCUCGCUUUCAGUUGCCGACUUGUCAGCUGGGCUGUUCGUUUUUCCACUCUACACRUCAACCGUUCUUCUCGGUGUAUCACCGAGUGGCGUUUGGCUGUCCAAACUUGAAAAAUUCUUUUGGAUUCAGACUUUGGUUUCGACCACUUUUAGCUUGGCUCUAGUGAGCAUGGACCGAUACUCUGCGGUGAUUCACCCCCUGAAGUACUAUACGUUGGUGACAGAGAAACGUUGUCAAAGAAGCAUAGUUUUUGUUUGGAUUCUUUCAGUAGUUCUAGCGCUYCCUGCGCCAUUUCUGGAUGAAACCGGAGUAGCUAUAACGUGGGCUGUUGGUGGGAUCGUUUCAGUGAUCUUUCCCUUYGGAAUYAUCAGUUUUUGUUACUUUCAUAUCUUCAAAGCUGUUCGGCGCCAGUCAAAGAGCGUCCAUCAACAGGCGGCAGGUUUCCCACGGAUUUCAUCCACUUCAAAUAGACAAUGUAAUAGAGAUUUUUUGCCAAAUAAAAUUAGUACAAAAAGRAAUCAGAAAGCCGCCAUUACUACUGCUAUUAUAGUAGGACUGUUUUUUCUUCUUUUUUCUCCGAAUUUGAUCUUUGCAUUUAUGUAUGSCAUGCAGGAGGAAGGAUCAUGUGACCAGGUGGAAAUACUUCAUCCAUGGCUGUGGGGCGUACUUGUUGCGUACAGUGGGUCAUUUAUCAACCCAUGGAUCUAUGGACUAAGAACUAAAGAAUUUAGGCUCGCAUUGAAGCAGAUGUUCACWUGAAUAAAACCCACACAAAUGAAUGAUAUUCUAGCAACGAAAUUACGAUGGCGUCUCACAUCGCACGUUCCGAGGCCUAAUACGUAAUUACUUGUGAUAUAAACCUGUA